GAGCUUGCUAACAAGGCCUUUGGAUCUCAGUUAUUAUCAGUGGAUCAACCAUUCCUUGUAGAAGGUGAAGGACAUGCUAGUGCAAAAUUACAUCUAAGACGCAAAGAAAAAGAUGGAAAAUGUUUUGAUGAUCAAGAUUUGCUAUUCAUCUGCGACCAACUGGAGCCUGGUUCAUGGAGGAGACUAGGAGUGCGUCUUGGACUUAAGUGGACUGAUAUCAACAAGAUAGCAAACAACAACAGACUUGUAAAAGACCGCAUCAUGGAAUUGCUGGUUACUUGGAGAGAUAACCACUCAACAGACCAAGUACCAAUCAUGGUGAAUGCUUUGAAACAACAGCAGCUUGUUGGACUUGCACGACGUGUAUGUGAAAGGCAUGGCUACAGAAAUGAGUCAGAAGUUGCAGCAACUCAGAUAAAUGCAACAAAGCAAAGACAAGUGCACGGUUGCUUGCAUGACACUGACAUGGUAAUUAUCUCAGAGAGUCUUGACAACGAUUGGAAGGAUUUUGGGAUUUACUUAGGUUUGCAAAGAUCUGAAAUAAAUCGAAUUGAAUCAGAUUUUUCACCACCAACUGUAGACGCCUGUAUUGAAAUGUUAGUACAGUGGCGAGAAAGACAAGAAGCUGAAGUAAAUCAUCUCGAAUCAAUUAGCGAUGCACUGAACCAAAUUGAACGAAUGGAUAUCAAGGAUAAACUAUUAUUAACUAUACUUGUUCGCCUUUCAGUAUCAGUAUCUGUCUUUCAAUCGCAAUUAUUUAUUUCUGAUUCGACGAUCUAGUCAUGCAUCGGGGGGUGGGGGCCCAGACCUGAGGCCAAAUGCUCCCUGCUGGUGCCACCACUGAUUAUACAUUUUAAAAGAAUUUGAAGGCUUAUCUCUUCAAACUUUGUUAACUUUCUCAUGGUUAAUAGUUCUCAUUUAUUUGUUAAUCUCUGUAGUUAAAUUUCUGUAGUUAAGUUGUUCUGUAGUUAAGUCUUUUUUCCCCCUGAAAAGUCGCACCCCCUUACUUGAGGUUGCGCCGCCAACUCAGCAGUGUACGGUAGAGGAGCCAUAGGCUUAUUCUUGGUGGAAGCUACUGGAGCCGAGCAAACUGACGCCGAGGUACCUGCGUAUACACGGUAGUGAUGGCGACGCUAUCUCAAAAUCGGGGGUGCGCACUAACCCCCUCUUCACGUUCUUUUGUCUUUAUUUCUUGUGGCUUCAAAAGCGCCUUGAGAUGGUUUUCUGUGGAAGGCACUAUAUAAAUAUAUGACAAAUAAGCAUUAAUAUUGAGAACAUUAUCUGCUGAGCAGAAUCACUAUAUAUCAGGCUUAAAAUAAUUCCUGAACUGAAUAGAUAAAUAUUUUACACUAUUACAGUAUUAAUUUUUCUUAAACAGCUUCUUACAAAGUUACGUUGAUGUUCCUGAGGUCAAAGUCCAAACUAUUGUAACAAGGGUAUAUACCAUGGGUCAUUAUUCAAACCACUAUGUCCUUGUUACUAUGGGUCAAGAAUAAAACCACCUUGUCCUUCACUGAGUAGAAAGAUAGGGCAGAAUCUGGUUCAGAAAUUCCCAUAGAAUGGGGUAAUACGUUCCUAUAAGAUGGUAAUGCAUUCCAUGAGGAGUAAAAAAGUGGUACCAUAAGAUGACCAGACCAAAUAUGGUUUGACCAAAUAUGGCCUGAUAACGAAAUCCUUAGGCUGAUGAGGUGAUCCUUGUCAUGCAUAUAACCCCAGCUGAAAACAGAUUUCGCCACAACACAUUUUGGCAAGCAAGCUAUAACAUCAGCCUAUAUCUUUGCUGUGUUGUCAUCCUCGAUAUUCUGCUCAUUAUUACAGGUAAAAACCAAUGUAUUUUAUACUUUAUUGUUUAGUAGUUUAAGAAGUUUAGGAUAACUUGUUUACUAUGUUCAAAUGCACUAUAUAUUACUGCCAACCACUGUUAGUCGAUAAUGCAGUUGUAAUAUGAAUUAGUAUUAGAGUGUUGUCCCUGUACAGUCUUUUAUGGGCCUUAGCCUUAAUGUACCUUUGAAUAUUUGAAGUAAGGCAUUCCAGAUUUUAUGCUAAAGAUUGAACAAUUUGAUUCACGUUAUUCAAACUUAUGUUAUUUUUAUUGUGAUAUUGUAUAAUCCUAUGAAGUAUUUUUAAUAAAAUUCAUGUUUAAUGCUACUGAAAUUAUGAUUAUAGCCCUGUAUAGUAUAAAAUUGUAUUAUCUAUUAUGCUAGCCUUUUUGACUUAAUUAUAUAAAUGGGGCUAGACAAAACACAUUUUGGCAAGCAAGCUAUAACAUCAGCCUAUAUCUUUGCUGUGUUGUCAUCCUCGAUACUCUGCUCAUAAUUACAGUUUGAGCGAAGUAGUGAUCUGUUAGGGGUGUCGUACUGUGAUUGGGUUAUCGAACAAGGUACCGUCCAGCUACCGAACCAACAGAUGAGAGCAACGGAAGCGUCCGCGUGCAUACUUGAUCUGGUCGUGUCUGAUGUGCUGUGGAUUGCGAAUGUAAAAGCGUCCAGUUACACCAAGCGAAGCCAGGAGACAAGUCGCGUCGCUACCUUAGAUGUUCAACAAAUCAUAAGUUACAAUCUUAAUUGACUUAUACUUUAUAUUGUUGUUUGAUUUUCAAUAUGUAUUCUUGUGUUGAAUGAAUAUAUUGUGCCAAUUAUAUUCUAUUGUAUCCUA